AUGCAGAGCAGCGCCACAGAACCUGCUGCGGCCCUGGAAAGUUUAAAGGCGGGCCUGUCAGGCUGCUGCAGCAGCCUCAUUGCCCAGGAUGACACACUCCUGCACCCGCUGGCGGACAACCUGGCUGCCCAGACCUCGCACAAGCGCGGCAGCACUGCCCAGCCAAUGUCUCGAAACGUCUCGCUGCGCUCCGUGCGUUUCUCCCUGGAGCUGGAGAGACCCACGUCGGCAGAGGCAGAUCCAAGCGAGUCUGCCGCUGCUGGCAGCUUCAGCUCAUGCCCCUCAGAGCCCUCAGCAGUGUCUGCCACGCAGCAGGCAUCAUCGGCCUCGCCAGCCACGAGCGCAGUCCUGAAUUCGGUGCCGCUGGUCGCGGUGGGGAUGGACUACAGCUUCACCGAGCGCGGCGCACUCCCCGAGGGUUUAGAGGCCUCGGGAUUGGCGACCGCCUUCGGCCCUGAGCCGCGCGCUGACGAGGCGCCGCAGCCCGACGGCGUUUCCGCCCGCAUCCAGGUCGGAGAUGCCCUCGUGGCGCUGCUGGAGCACCACCACAAGCACAGGUAUGCGGUAGCGACCGCUGACCCAGACGAGGUGGCAGCUAGCAAGGGGUUUUCAGGCGGCACAGGUGGAGAUGAGCCGGUGGAGCUUGACCGGCGCGCGCGUUCCCUCACCCGCUCCUUGGCACGCUCUGCUUCGUCAUCGCCCCUUGUGCAGUUGCUUGCAAUGCACCGCAAGCGCAGGGAGAACCUGACGGGCUGGCAGGACGAUUCAUCUGUCCCGCUGGGGGACAACCUUACGCCCCCCAAGCCGGUCCCCUUCCCGCCACCGAGCAUCUACACCCUCCCCAGCCCCCUCCCCGCCAAGCUGCAGAUGCGGCCCGACAUUGCCCGCGCGCGGCUCGGCGAGGAGGUCUCGGCCCUCGUCGCUGCCAGCCGCGGCGCCAGCUCAGCCGGCAGCGGGCCCCAGAGCCUGCGCGGGCCCUCCAGCGUGCAAAGCAUGCACAGCAGCAGUGGGAGCUCGUCGGCCGGAGGCAGCGUGCAUUUCGCGUUCAGCGCGCCAUCGUCGGUGGCUGGCUCCGGCAGCUCUGACUUGCCGGCCAGGCCGGAGGCUGCGGCGCUGGCCGGCUCGCAGUGCCCUGGCUGCGGAUCCAUGACACAGUGCUGCUGCAAGGACAUGGAUCUGGCGGGCCACCCGUCUUUGGAGGGAUCGCUGGAGACAGGUGUCGAGUUGGCCACGUCAGCGCCCAGCCAGAGCAGCAGCGAGUCAACCUCCAAGAGUGCGCUGCUGGACGCCCCCAGCGCCCAGAGCAGCACCAUCCGCAAGAUGCUCGCCGCGCAGCUGACAGACCAGGCCUCGCUGGCGGGCGCCACGGCUGGGUCUGGGCCUGGAAGCACAACACCCCAGAAGAUCAUCGAGGCUGCGAGGGGCGCCAGCUUUAAUGAGGUGCUGGCGCGAUGCUUGAGCCUCGGCAGCGAGUCAGCUUCUCCCGGCUCCAAGAAGGCCGCGGCGGGGGACGAGCAGAUCAUUGCCCCUUUCAUCCCUAUUGACGCCAGCUCCCUGGACAAGUUGGACCUGGGGCAGGCAAUAAAGCCGGGCAAGACCUCACGCUGGAGCUUUGAUUCGGCCCUGCUGCCACAGUAUGUGCACGGCCGUCCUAAUAUUGUCGAGCGGCGGAGUAUGGAUGGAGCGAGUGUAUCCGUGGGGUCUUCAGGCGAGGCAAGCGACGCGAUAUCAGGGGCGCUAAAGCAGGCACUGCGCAGCCAGCUAACGACGCCAGCCUCCAGCCGGCGAGGCAGCGAGGACACGCCCUCAUCUGCGGUGGCAGCCGCAGACCGCGAGGAGGCAUGCCCUUCCCAGAGGAACAGCUCGGAGCAGCCAAAACCGCCGCAGCCGGCCUGCUUGCCGCAGCAGCAGCUGGCGCAGCUCGCGCUCUCCUCGCAGCUCUUCGGGGAGAACCUGACGGGCUGGCAGGACGAUUCAUCUGUCCCGCUGGGGGACAACCUUACGCCCCCCAAGCCGGUCCCCUUCCCGCCACCGAGCAUCUACACCCUCCCCAGCCCCCUCCCCGCCAAGCUGCAGAUGCGGCCCGACAUUGCCCGCGCGCGGCUCGGCGAGGAGGUCUCGGCCCUCGUCGCUGCCAGCCGCGGCGCCAGCUCAGCCGGCAGCGGGCCCCAGAGCCUGCGCGGGCCCUCCAGCGUGCAAAGCAUGCACAGCAGCAGUGGGAGCUCGUCGGCCGGAGGCAGCGUGCAUUUCGCGUUCAGCGCGCCAUCGUCGGUGGCUGGCUCCGGCAGCUCUGACUUGCCGGCCAGGCCGGAGGCUGCGGCGCUGGCCGGCUCGCAGUGCCCUGGCUGCGGAUCCAUGACACAGUGCUGCUGCAAGGACAUGGAUCUGGCGGGCCACCCGUCUUUGGAGGGAUCGCUGGAGACAGGUGUCGAGUUGGCCACGUCAGCGCCCAGCCAGAGCAGCAGCGAGUCAACCUCCAAGAGUGCGCUGCUGGACGCCCCCAGCGCCCAGAGCAGCACCAUCCGCAAGAUGCUCGCCGCGCAGCUGACAGACCAGGCCUCGCUGGCGGGCGCCACGGCUGGGUCUGGGCCUGGAAGCACAACACCCCAGAAGAUCAUCGAGGCUGCGAGGGGCGCCAGCUUUAAUGAGGUGCUGGCGCGAUGCUUGAGCCUCGGCAGCGAGUCAGCUUCUCCCGGCUCCAAGAAGGCCGCGGCGGGGGACGAGCAGAUCAUUGCCCCUUUCAUCCCUAUUGACGCCAGCUCCCUGGACAAGUUGGACCUGGGGCAGGCAAUAAAGCCGGGCAAGACCUCACGCUGGAGCUUUGAUUCGGCCCUGCUGCCACAGUAUGUGCACGGCCGUCCUAAUAUUGUCGAGCGGCGGAGUAUGGAUGGAGCGAGUGUAUCCGUGGGGUCUUCAGGCGAGGCAAGCGACGCGAUAUCAGGGGCGCUAAAGCAGGCACUGCGCAGCCAGCUAACGACGCCAGCCUCCAGCCGGCGAGGCAGCGAGGACACGCCCUCAUCUGCGGUGGCAGCCGCAGACCGCGAGGAGGCAUGCCCUUCCCAGAGGAACAGCUCGGAGCAGCCAAAACCGCCGCAGCCGGCCUGCUUGCCGCAGCAGCAGCUGGCGCAGCUCGCGCUCUCCUCGCAGCUCUUCGGGUCAUUGCCCCCGGUGGUUACCGCGCUGCCGCAGCCGCCGCAGCUGCUACGCCGGUGCUCAUCCGAGCGCCGGAGGUCCGGCAGCUGGCUGCCGACCGUCGACGAGUCGCCGCCGGCUCCAUCCGCGGCCGAGAGUCCUGUCUCGCUGGCGCCGCACGACGCCGCGGCCGCCGCCAAGGCGCGGCUGUUCCACACGCCGGAGGAUACAUUCAACGCUGUGCCGGGCCGACACUCGUUCGGCGGCCCGCCGGUGUCUUGGCGGCCGCCCAUGUCGCCGCGGCGGAUGUCUACGAGCGACGGGGCGCGACCUGGAGCAAGCAAUGAGCCUGCAAGAACCCUGGAGGCGCUCGGCCUAGCGGGGAUCACCACCCCCCGGCGCCUCUCCUGCGCGCGCUCUCGGAGCAAUGCGCAGCAGGCGAAGCAGCGGGGAGCCGACGCGGCGCAGGCAGCGGUCGCCGCAGUUUCCCGGGUGCUCCAACGCCCCUCACAGGAAGCUGCACGACCGCAGCGUGCUUCUUCCCUUUCGGCUUCUGCGCAGAGCGCACCCGGCACAGCCAAGACAGGAGAUGUCAGUAGCAGAGUGGAAGACCUGAAGGACGGCCAGAAGAGGCAGGUGGAGGCGCCUUCAGAUACAACGGCCGGCGUGCUCGCGGCAGUUGCGCUGCAGCUGGCAGUCCAGGGAGAUGACAUGCCCGGCAGUCUUUCCGCAACGGCGUCACCGGCAGCCAACCUGUCGCCGCUGUUCCAGAGCCUGCGCCCGCUGCGCGUUCCCUCCACUCAGCGGCAGCAGCCGGCCGCUGACCCCCGCCAGGCCGCCAACACGCGCGAGCUCAGCCUGGCGCACCUUGUGCAGGACGCCACCCGCACAGACAGCGGCAGCUCCAAGGAUACCAAGUCCUCGCGCGAAAUCAGUGCUUCCUCCGAGCAGCUCCUGCUUGCUCCUACACACGAAGCGGCAAUGUCCCAGCCGAGCCCCGCGCAGAUGUGCGCAUCGGCGCCGGCGGCGGCUGCCGCUGCCGAAGGCCGGCCCGGGGCGGCCAGCAGCGGGGCGGCCAGCCGCGGCGCGGCCGCGCGCGCGCUGUUCAGCAUGGGCGGGAGCGCCGAUGCCGCCAGCCGCGCCGUAGUGCGGUCUAUGGGGCGGUCCCGAAACGGAGUCCGUGAGGGCGCGGGCGUCUCUCUGCAUCCGUCAAAGUCAGAGGCAUUUGCCGGCAUCAAGGAUGGAGUGUCGCUGUCGGGCGCAGAGGAAUCGCUGCCUGCAGCAGAGGCUGAACGCCCAAGGAGGACGGUGACAUUCUCGCCGGGCACGCCGCCGGUGCGGAGCGAGCCUGCGCCCUUCUCUCCCGAGCGCCUUCCGGAUUCGUUCCCGCUGGCCACAGCUGAGGAGGCCAGCAGGGGCCCUUGCGGAUCCCCCUUUGUCCUGGGGGGUCCCGCUGCUGCCGUUCCGCAGUCUACUUUCUGGGGCCACCCUGCUCUCAGUGCGCCCCCCAGCGCGGCCGCCGUACCCGCGCCAGGGAAGCUGCAGCACUUGCAGCCGCUGUACAAUUGCCCGGCGCGGUCGGGGUCCCACGAGCUGCAGGAUACUUAUGGGGCGCACCGGGUGCGGGCCGAGACCGUACGGGCCGAGCAGUUACGGUGCGGCAGCGGGUCGCAGACGCGGCUGGGCCUGGGCCUCAUGCCGCCCUCGGCCAUGUGGGUGGAGCAUCGCGCCGUGCUGCACCACCGAGGCCAUUUCAGCAUGGAUGCAAUCCGUGACCGGCCCCACGACGCCUUCUCACCGGCUUCAGGACUGCUGCCCUUCCCGCACCCCGUCUUCGAAGGCACGCCAGAAAACAUGGAGAAGCAGCGGCGGGACAGCUACUUAGCUAGGACACUGAGCAACAUGGCGCGCGCAAAACUGGACCACGCCAUGGCACUGGCUGCCGAGAAGGAUGGGCCUCCAGAGAAGUGGGAGAUGAGCUUUACCGACGACGGCCCGGAGCCGACAUUCGGACACACGAGUGGCAGCGAGGAGGGGGCAAUAUCGCGCGCCAAGCGGAUGAUGGCCGAAGCCGCCGCCGCGCACCCGUCCCACGCCUACUUCACCGACGGCAACAUCGCCCGCAGGGACGCUGACGGCAUAACGGCGUUGCUGGACGUCCUGGCGACGCCCAAGACAGGCACGGAGAUGCAGGAGCGCGCACUGUCUACCCUCGCGUUCCUGGCCACCUCUGCAGCCAACGCCAAGAUCCUGCUGGCGGCCAACGGCGUCGCGGUGCUGGUGCCGCUGCUGGGGACGCGCUCCGACGGCGUUGUCAUUGCCGCCGGGGGCAUCCUGCGCCGCCUGCUGCCCCUGCCCAACGGCCAGGCAUGGCCCCAAACCCUGUGCCCCUUGGCCUUCCGGUCAGGUUGCGGUCAUUGCAAUUUCAGAUUGGGUGCCUUUGUGGAGGAGAACGGGCUGGCAAUACUCACCUCCCUGCUGAGCGCCUCCAAGUCCAAGCCGGUGCUGCUCACGGCGCUGCGCACGCUCAUCUGCCUCACCGAGGGCUGCUCAUCAGUUGACGAAUCCUCCGGCGACGGCGCGAGCUUAGUCGCCCGCUGCGGCGCGGUGCCGGCCGCGGUGCGGCUGGCGUGCCCGGCAGCGUACGGGGGCGAUGCCUCCUCCACCGUCGCCAAUUCUGGCGUGGCGGCUGGCGGUGCCAAAUCUGGCGCGGACUCUGGCGUCAAACCUGGCUCCGCUGACCCAGUGCCCCUGGCUGCGCUCGCGCUGCUGCUGAAGCUUGCCGGCCGUCCCGAGCUGCGCUCAUCGCUCAGAGCUGCAAACCUGAUGAGCGCGCUGGCAGCGAUGAUGGUACCUGGCGCACCUGAGGCGCUGCUGAGCCCGGCCAUCCAGCUGACGGCCAUGCUGGCUUCUGACAUGGCGGCCGCGGCCGAGUUUGCCGCGCGCGGCGGCGUCAUCGGCCUCAUGGCGCUCGUCUCCGACGGCGGUGACACCGAGGGGGUGAUAGCGGUGCAGGCAGCAGCGGUGCUGGGUUGCCUGGUGCAGUGCAGCCGCGCUCGCUCUGCCGUCUGGGCCGCAGGCGGUGGCUCCACUCUGCUGCCCGCUCUUCUGCAGUCGACCCCUCUGGCCCUGUCAGGCUUGCUGUACCUGAUGAGCUGCUUGGCCGAGUUCAAGGACCUGCGCGCAGAACUGGAGUCGGCCGACGCAGUCCCCAUGUUGCUGGACUUGCUCGCCACAUGCACCGACACACAGAUCCAGGCUGCAACGGUGUCGCUGCUGCGGAUCUUCACGCGCAGCGGCAAGACGCUGUGCCCCAUCCUGGAGCACCAGCCAUCAUGCUUUGCCUCCGAGGCCGGCCCCAAGCCUGUGCGCGCCGUAAACAUGGAGCGGCGCUCCUUCGACAGCUGCCAGAAGAAGCAGGCCGAUCGCAAACCCGAUAUGGCCGCCCCGGGGCGCUCACAAAGCCUCAGCCUCUUCUGA